CAAAAACAUCGCAGACAAUAUACACAGCAGUCUUUUCUCUUACCAACACCACUACCUCACCGAUUGUAUCUCCUUGCCCGCUUCUUGCUCCUAAAGAUCAAAGUCUGCUACAGGUCAUGGCCUGGUUGUCUUGCCAGUCAGCACAUAGAUAGCCAUCGACCCAACUUCUCCCACCGCCACCAUGACCUCCCAAGGCCCUCCUUCAUCCUCCCUCCCUUCCGCCAUGGGCCCCGGUGCUCGACCCAUACAACAAGGCGAGUCCCCAGGUGGGGGAAUCGCCGAGAUCAUGCAAAUUCGCAACAAGUACCUGGUCCAGGUCGAGUCUGAAACCCUCCAGCUGGGCUACGAGCUCAAGGGCAUACCUCGCACCUACCGCCUCGCCUUCGAAUCCAUCCCGAUAGGGACCCUCAAACGAAAAUGGCUCUUUGGAGGACCCAGGCGUGCACAGAUAUCGGGCAUCACCGUCAUCGAUUUCAUCCGUGGGACCGAGAACCUGGCCGGCCGGCCGUUGACGCAGACGGAAGCCGAGGCGAUGGCGUUCUACAGCACGAACAGGACCAUCUACAGCCUGUGGGGGAACCUGUCGGGAUGCGUCGCGGGAGGUCUGAUAGCUUGGAGGACGUACGACAAGAUGAAGUUUCCCUUUCGAAGUCCCCGUCCCAUGGAAGAGUACCAGAGCUUCCCGAGCAAACGUUGGGCCAUAGCCACGGGCAGACAGGCGCAAUUCAUGUGGCAAUUUACGAGGUUCAACGUCUGGGCCGCACUGGCCGUCUUUGCCGCCUCACCUUUGUUCGCGGCCGCCGGCGACACCUUUGGCAUGUACGGCUUGUACAAGGACGAGCGCACCAAGGGGCUCAUGAUGGAGAUCAAGGGUAGCCUGGACCGAAUAUCUGCGAACCGCUAUAGAGGAGGCCCCGACCAAAGACAGAACCUGCCUCCUACCCAGACACAGACUCAAGACGGCCCUCAGUACGGCAACCAGGACUCCUCGCAAGAAUAUUACAACAACAGAGCCUCUGAUCGAACCGACUAUUCCGGUAGUGACGGAUACAGUGGUGACAGCUCAUUCACAGAUGGAACCACCGACACUGGCGUAAUGGGUGAUUUAUCGAUGAGGGCUCGUGAUUCGAGACAAUCAAACCCUUCCACGAGAUGGGACAACAGGACCGGCGCACCACAAUAUACCCAAUCGAAUAGCAAUGGUUCCCGUUCGUCACCAGGCUCGUCCUUUUUUGAUGACGACGAUGCCUCUCCGACAGCCGGCAAUGAUCCGGACAUGGCUACUCCAGGACCAACAUCAGGAGGAUUCCCUGGCUCUUGGGCUCGUAUCCGUCGCGAGAAUCAGAGAUCAUCAACAUACUCCAAUGCGCAAGGCCAGUCGAAUUCGAACCAAGGCUUCCAAGGCCAACCACAACAGCAGCAGCAGCAGCAACAACCAGUGGUUCCUCAUUCAGAUUGGCAGAGGGACACUUCUUCUCGCACUGACGACUCAUUCUAUCAACGGCCAUCUGAUCAACGCAACGACCGAGAAGGAGGAGGGGGAGACGCCGGUUUCUCCUUCUCCAACACCGAGGCCGACAGACAACUCGCGCGUGAACAGGCACAAAAGGAAUUUGACGCCAUAUUGAACAAAGAGCGUCGGGCAAGUGGAAGUGACGAGUACGACCGUGGUAUGCGUGCCGUACAAUCAGGUGAAGAAGGUUCGGCGGCUACUUCUGGCAUGAGUGUGUGGGAGAGAAGAAGAAGGGGGUAAGACAAUUUGCCAAUGUAUAAAUUACAUUUGUGUGUUUGUGUGUGUGCGCGCGCGCUCUUUUUUUCCACACCUCUCAACUUUGUAUAUUAUACCCUGCUCAAAAAGUCUGGACGUUCUUUAGGGGAUAUCAUAUUUACCAACGUCGACAUUGUUUAUUAGUACUGUACACAAAUCGGGGCCAGCUCUACAAAGGGCAAAUCGUCACCCGCAGGAAUCCGAGGGACCAUAUUGACCCGUGUACGGCGUACAUUAUACAGUAUGUUUUCCAGACGCCACAUGCUGGAAUCAAGAGACAAUGUUGCAUGUAUGAGAGAGAGAGAGAGAGUGCCUUGGGAGCCUGUUGUACAUAAUGAAUGUACCACAUCAAAAAAGGUAUGGAACAGUAUUGACAUCGGAAUAAUUCCACAUGUUGUUGUCCGGCGACGGCCACACCAUGUUUUCCAGAGUAAAGUCCCAAUCGGUAAAGGGUCGG